ACAAAAAGCUACUUGGCAAAAACAGCUUUUUAAAAUAAAACAAGGAAUAGACACAGUUGAUACCUAUAUUAGUCGUUUUAAGCAACUUCAACUUCGAGUAGAUUCUGAUAAUGAUAUCCCUGGAGUCAUGAUAGUUCAAUUCUUUAUUCAAGAAUUGUGA